AAGGAAGGAAGGUGGGUGCUAGGGCUUUGCUUGACGAGAAGGAGACUACUUGUGCCAGUGCCCACGCGCGCAGGGGAUCCUUGUGGAGCCUUAGUUACUCUCAUUCACGCAAAGCAUCGAACACUACAUAGACACGACGACGCGAGCCUUCUCUCCAUCCCUCCUUGCCCCAGCUGUCCUCGCUUGGAUGAGUGGGGCCUUCUCCUCUCUUUUCUCUAGAUCGAAUGGGAGCUCAGAAGAGCAUCCAUGCCGGCAAAGCAAAGAUAGACUUGAAUGUUGAUCUCACUCACAAACUUUGCGGCGCGCUCCUGCUUCCUCCUCCUGUCAGGAAUUCCAGCGAUCCGUUCUCUCAGAUCAUAGGAAGGCUGUGCAUCAAACACCCGGGGCUUUUUGGGAGAAGUGAAAAGUUGGAUUUUUUGUGGGACAAGGGUUUGCAUGAUUCCAAUCUUCUCAUUGCUCUCAGGCGGCCGGGGGCUGAGCGGUUCGCUCAGCAGUCAUUUGUUGUUCAGCAUUCAAUCGCCCCUGAAAUUGGAGUUAAUGGAUUGCCGACCGAGCAUUAUCCCCAUUCAGGAAUCGGAUGGAUCAAUCUAAGCCGGCUCUCUGCUGGUGUGGAACUUACUGAGCCAGCUACUUCAAAUUGGAGCAGCAGUACAAGCAUCAGAUUUGAGCAUGUACGUCCAAUCAAUAACGAAGGCCGUUCUAUAAUGACAGACAUUGAUGGGCUGCCCAUAACCUGCAGUGGUCGAUCCCAUGACAAUAUGUUUGUUCUAAAGCAAGAAUCACAAUUUGCAACAAUCGAUGAAAGCAAUUUUGCUCGGCUGACAGUUCAAAUGGAGCAAGGAUUACCUCUUCUUUCAAGAUGGUUGAUUUUCAACCGGUUUAAAUUCAUUGCUUCAAAAGGGCUUAGACUCGGAAAAGCUCUUUUAGUUACAAGCUUGACAGGUGGUUCCAUUGUGGGAGACAUGGCACCAUAUCAAGCAUUUGCAAUCGGUGGACCUGGAAGUGUUAGGGGUUAUACUGAAGGUGCUAUCGGAUCUGGAAGAUCAUAUCUUGUCACAAACAAUGAACUAACAGUUCCCCUGGCAAAGCAAUUGGAAGGUGCUUUAUUUAUGGAUUAUGGUAGCGAUUUGGGGUCUGCUCGCCUUGUCCCUGGCUACCCUGCUCUCCGGCAAGGGAAACCCGGUUAUGGAUUUGGUUUCGGAUAUGGCCUACGUUUCAACUCAAAGUUAGGCCAACUUCGUCUCGAUUAUGCAAUGAAUGCUUAUAAUCAAACAACUCUGUACUUCGGUGUCAAUAAUGUCGGAUCGUGAUCAAUCAGAUAACAAACCUCAAUGCUGCAUAAAAUUUUUACGUGUUCUAAUGCCACAGUUUUUCUGGUCAUCAAACUGAUUGAUGCUCAUUGUAUUCAAUUGAUUAUUUGUUGAUCAAAAUAAUAUAUUGUUCCUUC